AUGAUUAAUUUAGUGUGGGGCCCCCCCCCCCCCCUCCUGGCGCCCUUAACCGUGUUCGUCCGCAGUGCUGAUUCUCGCUGUCCUGUGUUUGAGCUUUUGUGUCCGCGCCUCGCCGUGCUGCCGACGCUGCGCUUCAAGGCAUUAAAUCCCCUUGUUUCCCUUUUGUGUGUUUUUCUGUGUUUUCUAGUUCGCGGCGGCACUGUGACCGUCAAAGUGGCUCCCAUAGUGGAGGUGCUGAAAGGAGAGGCCUCCAAACUGCCGUGCACGUACACCGUGCCGCAGGGAGCCGGCAACACCGUCGUGGAGUGGUACAUCGAGGAGAACGGGGCCAGGAAGCGCGUGGCUUUCCUCAGCGACGGCAAAGGGAAGAGCGACGAGGGAACCCCUCUGACGGGGAGGGUCACGCUCGGGGCAGACUUCUCCUUGACCAUCUCCUCCGUCCAGCCCUCCGACGAGCUCGUCUUCAUAUGCCAGGUGACCGCCGGCCCCACCGGGUUCGGAUACGGCGCCACUAUGCUCAAAGUCUUCUUCGCCCCCGAGAAGCCGGAGCUCACGAAGCCGUCGAGUCAGGCCAUCUCCACCGGGCAGAGCACCAGCUCCGAGAUCGGCACCUGUGUGACCAUGAACGGACACCCGCAGCCCAGAAUCAUCUGGUUCAAAAACGACCAGCCGCUCCCCGAGGUCAAGGACCGGAAGGAGAAGACCAACAUGAUCUCCUCAGUGGUGAAGGAGGCCUCUGGUCUCUACACGGUCAGGAACACCCUCUACAUGCAGCCCAAGAAGGCGGACAAGGACUCCGUGUUCCAGUGCACCGUGGAGUACAGCAUGCCGGGAGAGCAGAUCAGGCAGAAGAAGUCCGACACCAUCACCAUCAACCUCAACUACCCCUCGGAGAAAGCCACCUUUUCCCUCCUCAACGCGGACCCCGUCAAGGAGGGCGACGACGUCACCAUGAAGUGUGAGACCGACGGAAACCCCCAGCCCGAGUUCGACUUCACCAAAGACGGGAAAGUGGUCAGCGGUCAGGACGGCCUGCUGGUCCUCGAGUCGGUCAAGCGCACGGAGGCGGGUGUGUACAAGUGCUCCGCCACGGACUUCGAUAACAUGGACGCCGACCUCACUGGAACCAUCGGCCUCACUGUCAACUACAUCGACCCGGUGAGCGUGACCCCCGCAGAGCCUCAGGUGGUCUCGCUGGGAGACAAGGUGGAGUGGCACUGCAAGACCAGGGCCUCCGCCCUCCACACGGUGCACUGGAAGAAGGGCUCCGAGGUUCUCUCCCAGGACGGCGUACUGUCGAUCCAAGAGGCUUCCUACCGUGAUGCCGGAGAGUACGUGUGUGUUGGAGCUGUGCCGUCCGUGCCGGGUCUGACCGCCCGGGCCGGCGUGAACCUCACUGUGAAAGGAAAGCCGAUGAUGGAGACGCCCGCUGUCGGGGAGGUGGGGCAGGAAGGGGACGCGGUGACUCUGAAGUGCUCCGCGUACGGCUCCCCCCCCCCUCAGUUCACCUGGAAGCCGUCGGGCAAAGAGUCGGUGUCGGUGGAAGGAAACAAGGUGGUGAGCACCGUGACGCUGGAGGCCACCGCCCAGGUCAUGAAGGACGGCGUGACCUGCCAGGUCUCCAACGAGCACGGAGCCGACAGCAAGACCGUCGCGGUGUCUCUCAAGAGAGCGAUUGGCAGCUCGGCCGACAGAGUGCUGCUCUCUGGAAACCCCGUGCUUGAGUCAGCGGGCGAGCAGCAGGGGGGCUCCAGCAGCGUGGUGAUCGCCGUGGUGAUUUGUGUCCUGCUGCUCCUGCUGAUGGUGGCGCUCAUCUACUUCCUGAACAAGAAGGACAAGCUGCCCUGCAGCAAGAAGGACAAGAAGGACGUGGUCAGUGGAGAAGUGAACAAGGAGGUCGUGGUGGAGAUGAAGGCAGACAAGGCCCAACGAAGAGCCGGCCUCCUCAACAAGGAGACCCUCCACACAACAGUGAUGAAACAAAGCGACAACAACGAAAGGAUGAAGGGAAGGAGGUGACCAGUCAUAAAGACAACAGGACCUUUCAUUCACCACUGCGCGGGACAAUAUGGACGUUGGUGUGGGAGGCGAAUCCAUUGCUCGUGCUUCCGCAGGUUUAAAACCCCAAAGCUCCCUUUUUGGUUCCUCCUCACCGACUCGUCUGCAGAAUAGACCCCGACGCUGCCUCGGCGGGGGGGGCUCAGUCUGCGGUCUGUUCUGCCGCCGAGUCUCACGCGGUACCUCUCUGCUUCUGUUCACCCCGACGAGCACGUGGCGGUUUACGCUCUCAAUCACUCCCCAUCAGCGUCCGUGCUUCAGUGCCGUUUGGUCAAUUUGCCACCUGUGAAUUUUUGUGUUUUUUGUGGGGUUUUUUUUUUUUUUUUUUUUACAAUACACCUAAUUAUCUCUCUGUAGAAAAAGCUCAGCGCAUUUAAUAACGACAAUUAUCCCUUUCCUCGCUUUUGUAAAUUCAGCUGCAAAUGCCAUCGCUCGAGCCGCCAUGCGCCCGUUUUUCCUUCUCGCCAUCGCGUCAGUGCGUCAUUCCCCUGUACUGCCAUCACACUGUCUGUUGAGCUUAACACUGUCAUCUUUACCAAAUGGGAGCGUUUCUGAGUGUAUUUCUUUGUGGGGGGGUUUGUUGUACACUGGAACCGAGGGCCUUGAUUUGUGAAAGAAUGUCGGCUCAUCAAGUGGCGAACGUCCGUCCACUGAUCUCGCCAACCGGUGAUUUGAUUUUAAUGUUUUAUAUAAAAAAAUAAUGUGGUAUGCAAGUUGUUGUUUUUUUUUCAGAAAGGGGGAUUCUUUAUUUUGGAACUACUGAGUUUUCUUUUUUCCCCGUUCUUUGCCACUCGCUCCGAGACAAGAGAGAAAUGUUGUUGUUUUUUAUUUAGGAGGAUUGUGUUUUUAGGAGAUAUUCUCAGUUUCUCUCUGUAUACUGUAUAUUUUGGGCUACACUGUUUCGACCUCUGUGGUGUGUUGAUGUAUCUUUUUAUUUGGUUCCAGCUGUGUAGAAUUUAUAAAGAAACAAAACUCCAGAACA